ACAAUCAAACAAAACAAAACAACUAAGAAGCGGGAAGAAAUUUUUAAAAGAAUAAUUAAAAUUAGUUAAUUUUCCGAAGAACAAGCAGAAAACUAGUGUUUUGUCACAUUAGUAAUUACUAAUUAGUAUUAGAAAUAAUGGAAGAGGACUGUAACGAUGGUCCGUUUACAGUGUGGCAAAUGUUCAAUGCUCCAACACUGGUUCUGUUCAACAACUUGGAGCAUGCCGCAGAUGGUCUUGAUAGAUUGUUAACUUCUAUAUUGAAACUAACAGGGGACUUCUCAGAAGUACUUGUGCCUCGUCCCGGAGCAUCUAAAUGCCCUGACUCUUAUUACUGUGCCUUCAAUACAUGGCUUCUUGGAAGGUUAUUCUAUGUUUGUUCUGUAAAAGAGUUAAGUAGAAUUCAUGUAACUAGCAAAAAUGCGCAACUGAAAAUUUUAAACAUUUUAUGCACAAAUGGGGCAUUCUAUUAUAAAAAAUUGCAUUCAGAAUAUUUUAUGAUUUUACUGCAUCUUUUGCAGUAUUAUAAAGAUGUUCAAAGUAACAGUAGUGCAGAUUUAGUACUGGAAAAUUUCACACCUGAAAAAGUAACUAUACCAAAUGUGGAUAUCAAUCUUGAGGAAAUACAUGUUAAAGUGAAAGAUAUUAAUACAUGUAAAACAUUAAUUGAUUUAAUCCUACAAUUGUUAUCAGAGAGCAUACCACCUAGUUUACUAGAAAAUGAUAAUAAAGAUUUAGAAGAAAAAGUUUUUACACAAUUACUUUAUGCUAUUGAAAACUUCAGUAUAGAUCUGAAGUAUUGUUGCCUAAAGUUUUUCCUACAAUUGAUUGUGAACAUGAACAAAGUAUCUAUUAUAAAGUUUCAUAGACAUUUUCCAAUAUUUUUUAGAAAAAUGUUAUCAAGCAUUGAAUCAAUUGUUCAAUCUAUGAGUGUACUAUAUGAAAAAUCUGAAGUUAAUGACAUACUGCUUGGUGAUUUUAAUAAGAUGUUCUUGGAAUUUUUAAAAGUAAUAACAGUUGAACUUAAACUGGAAGACAGAAAUGUUCUUGUAGUCAUAUGUUGUACUAUUCUAAACAAAAAUGUGAACAGAAUCUUCAACGAAGAACUGAAGUUAUAUUGCUUAUCGCUGAGCAGUGAACUUGACUUUCCUCAAAAUGUAAAAAGUAUUACUGCUAUGGAUGCUUGUCAGAUUGAAAAACUGUCAAAUUGUUACUGCAACCAAAUAGUCAAGUACAUUCAAGACAAUGCAGGCGAUGAUAGUCAUAUAGAUUUACAUAAGAACUGGUACUACAAUAAAGUCAUGACAGUCAUACAAUCUAUCCAACAUAAUGAUAAUUUUAAAAAUGAUGUAUUACUGAUAAAUCAUCAUUUGGGAAGAUGUGCUCUUAGUCUUUCUAUAUUAGAAGAAGUUAGUAUACAAACUAAAAGACUUGCCAUAAAAAAUAAAACCAAAGAUCUAAUAGAUAAACAAGGAGUUUUAAAUAUUUGGACAACUUUAAGCCAAUUAAUAAAAGACCAUAAAAAUAUUUUAAUUAGUAAUGAAUGUACUAGAGAUUAUAUUAUGUGCAUAGUUCUUAGUACAAUAAAUUUAUGUGAUACAAUAACAAAAAAUUAUAUAAACAUUACAUUACAAAUAUUAUGUUUACAAAAUAGCUUACAAUUCUCUAAGCACGAUUUUGCAUGUUUCAAUGAUAAUACAAGAAUGAAAAUAUUGAAGUAUCUUUUGAUUGCAAAAUUAUAUUUAAAAUCUAAAGUUAAUGAUACUUGGAACAAAACUAUUGAUAUUUUGUAUAGCUCAGCUGUUGUUAAUAAAGAUCCUAAUACCUCAAGGGAAAUUAUCAGAUUGUGUUCUCUGUUACUUGCUAAUAAAGUGAUGUCUGCAAGUAAAUGCAUAGGAGAAAUAAUGAUGCCAGCUUUUAUGACAAAAGAAGCUGAUAUUCAAAAAGAAGUUUUUAAAGCUUUGUCUGCCAUUGCUUGUCUAUCAUUAGGAACUUAUCAUAUAAUUAUAGACAAUACUAAAAAGCCUUUAGGAAUACAACUGUUUGGAAAUAGAAAUAUUGCAAUGUGUCUUUAUUGCUCAAAGUGCGAGAACAAUAAUGAACCUGGAUGGAGCGAAUACUAUAAAAUAUGUGCUGAAGAGGAAAUUGUAAUAACAUCAAGUAAAAGUUCAAUGUAUGAUGCUCUCAAGAAAUUGUUUGGUAAAUUUUUAAAUAUGCAGUUAUGUAAGGAUAUUGAUGACGCAUAUUGGUAUUUAGUUAAAGUUUUGUGUAACCACUUUUACAUAUUUGAUUAUGGCGUUUCUACAAAAAUUAUCAAUGAGCAAUACUUAAAGGAAGUUCUGCAGACUUUUAAACCUUUUAUUGAUAACAGACAGGGUAAUAGACAUUCAGAAUGGAGCACUAAUAGAGACACUUUAGCAGAUUUAUGUAUAAAUUUACUAGUGAAGUUUACCAAAAUGAGUUUAGAAAACAAUGAUUAUAAUCAACAGAGUAGUACAUUAUGUCUCAUCAAAGAUUUAGGAUUCUGUCAUAAUGAUAAAUUGAUAUUGCCAAUGACAAAACUUUUAGUUUACUUCAUUAUGCACCCACAAUGCUCUCUCUCAUCAAAAGCAAUAAUCUAUUUAAGAGAUAUUUGUGAAUAUCAUGACUUCUCUCCAAACCAAGUCUACCAUAGAUACAAGAAAGAUUAUUGCAAGCUAUUUGUCGAAUGUAGUCUCUACAAUGGAAAAGAAUUUGCAAUUUAUUUACUAAAGGUAGUAAGAGCAUUUGGGUUUGUUGGAUACAGGGAUUUCAUAUCAAAGGAUGUUCACCAUUUUUUGCCCUAUCUGAUACCUUAUUCAGUGGUUGUAAAGGAAGUGCCAUCAAUGAUAGAAGAGAUCGCAGCUCUUGUUCAAUGUUCUGUAUCUGAUUUUCUAAUUGAGAGAUUUCCUCACAUAUAUGUUUAUAUUUAUUUGACCGAAUCUAAAGAAGCAUCCAAAAAGUGUUACGAUAUAAUUGAAAAGCUUACAAAAUCUUCCACUUUAAAUCUAAUAAAGAGGCAUUUUAGGGUGAUAUUGACGGAAUUUUUGUUACAAUACUGCACUAAUCCCGAGCGAGUUUUAAACGCAUGUAGGUAUUUAGCCUGUCAUGACCCAGAUGCUUCUACUUCUCAAGGCAGUAUGAGUAUGAGCACAAGACAAAUCGCGGAUUUUCUGAACCCGAAAUUUUUGGGAGUUUUGGCAUAUUUUGACCACAAACUUGUCAAUGCCAAAGUUGCUUUGUCAGUUAAGCGCAAAGCGUUGAAAAGCUUUCCAGAUAUAAUGCAGUUAAUGGGAGCUAAAUAUCUAACCCCAUUGAGAUUUAAAGUCCUUGCCACGUUAAAGUCUGCUUUGCCCUUAGCAAAAGAGUUUCCGAAAAUUCUAGCAGAGGCCUGGGGCGCCUUCAUUCACAACAUAGACAAUGUUUCGUUAGGUCCCCUCCUUUCCAAUUUAGCUGUAUCGUUGUUGCAACAAUUUGAAUAUGCACCACAUGAGAUAAAUAAGAUUUUCCAGUAUCUGGUUCUGAAUAAUGAAAAUUUAUUGAGCUCACACAUAUCUGAUUUAUUCUUUCUUGAAGAUUCUAAUAUAUCCGAAAGAGUUAAAAAUGUAAUUAGGAAACAUGUGAAAAGGACACAGCCAGAAGCUUUCCAGGACAUAAUCAAAUGGUAUCUCAAGCAUUUAAACCAUGACAUUUGUAAUAUUAAAGCACAAGCUUUCAAGCAUAUGGAUAGAUUGUUGAAAACGAACAGAUCGGAAAUACACAAAGCGAUAUUUGGUGGAAAAAACAUAGAGCCAUUUAUGGUAGAGUUGAUUGAUCACUUGCUUAUUGGUUGCAAAGACUCAGAUCCCCAAGUUUCUUUGGCAAGUGGAUCGUGUUUUGGUCAACUAGGUGCUAUAGAGGCCGGCCAUCUUCCUAGACAGUAUGUACAACCGGAUAGAUCACCAUUCGCCUUCUUCAUAAAUGAUAACUGCUUCGCGGCAACUGCCCUAGUAGAACUGACUAGAGCCUUCCAAUAUGAAAAGGAUACUAUUAACAUGGAUUGCUAUGCACUCACUAUUCAGGAAAUGUUAAAAAUCUACGACAUAUCACCAACAGGGUCUAAGAAGGACGUGUGGGAUAGCUUCCCUGAGAACAUGCAUCAAAUUAUGUAUCCACUUUUGAGUUCCAGGUACACAUUAGCCUAUCCUUCUCAGCCGAAAAAAGUUCACCCACUUUUUGGAUCUGUCCAUGCCACCACAUUCUUGGAAUGGGCACAUAACUGGACUAGUCAAUUGAUACCACUUAUCGAGUCGGAUAACAUCCGCGAACUGCUGCGUACAGUACAUCCGAGUAUGCGUCGUGACGUACGCACGCUGUUCCUCUUUCUGCCCUAUGUGUUGCUUCACGCGAUCAUGUCCAAAAACAAUAUGGAGUACAUACAGGAGGAAAUAUUAGCUGUUAUAGGCUUAGAAAAUUUGGAAAGCGACUGUCAACCUUCAGUGGAAAGAUCCAAAUACAAAAUGUUGCGCCAUAUUCGAAUGACUCCGAACAUAAAUUCAGUUCAAACAGAAGAAGGAAACCAAGGUAAAUGUAGCAAGACAGUGUACACUUUGUUGGACUUUUUGAAUCGAUGGCUGCUAGAGUGGUGCCACGUGAAACCAAAACCUUUGGAGAAUGAAAAUUACAAGUCUAUUAAGAAAUUUAUGGAAAAAUUCGACAAGCUCGCUAUAGCGCGCGGGAACUUCUCCUGUGGAGAGCUGGAAAGGGCCUUGCAGUAUUUGGAGCUUUAUAUGGAUGAGCAAAAAGGCAGAAUGCAAGAGCAAUUACCUCUGCUGGCAGAGAUAUAUGCCCUAUUGGAUGAACCAGAUUCAGUCGCUGGAAUUCAAUCGUUGAAGAGAUCAGAGCCAUCUCUCAAGGAGUUGAUAUUGACUCAAGUCGUGACAGGACGGCUGCAAGAUGCCGCCUUGUGCUAUGAAAGAUUGGCUCAAGAAGGUCAACUAGAUCGGCAUAGCUUACAGGGUAUGAUAGAUUGUUACCUUGGUCUCGAUCAGCCUUUCACAGCAUGUCGAUUGCUUAGCGAACAUGAUUCAGAUGACAUGAUGGAAUUCACUGCAGAACCUUUGUGGAGGUUGGGACGGUUCGAACAGUUGGAUGAAUUGGCAAAGAAACCUGUGCCGCCGUCUCGCGAAAACUGGGGCCUAUUAAUGGGCAGGAUCCUUCUAGCAUACCGCAGUCAAGAUCAGGAUGUAUUCAAGAUCUCCUGUGACAGUGCCAUGAACCGACUGCUCUCUCAAAUGGACGGAGAGAGUAGGGGCGAGAGUGCCUUACGCAGCGGAUAUCAGAGUAUACUCGGACUGCAUAUUAUUACUGAAGCGUCACAUGCCCAGGAUGUACUGCAAAGGCUGAAAGUUUUAGACGACGGUAACAGUACCAGCACCGAUAUAGUGAACCAGCUGCUAGGUGAGUGGCGACAGCGCCUGUCCGUCGUGCAGUCGGACGUGCGCACUGUUGAGCCGCUGUUGAGGAUCAGAAGGAUAUUGUUGCAGCAGACGCAGGAACUGUUGGAGCCCACGCAUCCUGCAACUGCGAAUCAACUGAAGACGUGCAUUGGAGAUUUGUGGCUGCAAAGUGCAAAACAUGCUAGAAAAGCUGGCAUUUUCCAACAGUCCUAUAUGUAUAUUCUAAACGCCGAAGAGUACAAACCCGAGGAGCUAUUUAUUGAGAAGGCCAAGAUAUACUGGGCGCGCGGUCAGCAGGAGCAGUCCUUCACAACACUAAGAAGAGGCCUCGAGGAAGCGUACCCACAAAUAGAGAAGCUUACACAGGAGCAGAGAAAAAUUUGUGCUAAAGCAAGAUUGCUGAUAGCGAAAUACAACGACGAAACGACGAAUGUGGAUGUCGAUGUCAAUAUUGGCUACUACAAGGAGUCUGUUGACGUGUUCCAACAAUGGGAGAAAAGUUUGGUGUGCCUGGGGUCCUACUACGAAAAAGUUAGUACAACCGAGACGCCGAACAAUACCAGCACCUUAUGGUCGCGGCGAUUGUACGCGCUCAAUAGCUACGGCAAGGCGUUGCAGUAUGGCCACAAGUAUUUGUACCAGAGCAUGCCGAGAAUGCUGUCUAUAUGGUUGGACGUAGAAGUCACUUCAGCCGACACAAGCAUCCACGCAGUUUUGGCUCAGAUGACCGACGUGAUAAAGACUUACUCCGAAAGGUUGCCUAUAUACUUGUACUUGACGGCAUUCUCGCAAAUUGUCUCCAGAAUUUGUCACCCUGUCAAGGAGGUCUACCUCCAGCUAAAAGCUAUAAUAGUGAAACUAAUCCUGGCGUACCCCCAACACACGCUGUGGAAUAUAAUGAGCGUGAUCAAGUCCAGCUACCCCCAGCGCAUGAGGCGCUGCGCCGAGGUGUUCUCCGACCCGCGGCUGAAGGAGCCGCAGAUGUUGAAGCUCGUGUGCGACUUCACCCAGUUGGCCGAGAAGUUGAUUGAGCUGUGCAAUAAACCCAUUGCGGGGAGUGGUUCGGUCACAACGGUGACGUCACUCGUGCGUACGCUGCCCCGUCUGCUCGCUGGAGAGAAUUUUAGUCACAUCAUGAUGCCCUUUCAGGAGUUUUGUAAGGUGGUUCUCCCUUCAAAGGCGGCCCGACAAGAGCGAAUAGACUUAAACAUACCCACAGAGCCGCCGGUCUACAUCGCGGGUAUAGAGGAGCAGAUCAACAUCAUACCGUCUUUGCAGAAACCGAGGAAGGUCACAUUAAGAGGUUCGGAUGGAAAAGCAUACAUAAUCAUACUGAAGCCCAGAGACGAUCUCCGCAAAGACUACCGUUUGAUGGAGUUCAAUGCGGUCGUGAACAGAUUCCUCCAGGACGCGCCUGAAACUCGCCGCAGAAGACUGUACAUCAGGACGUACUCCGUGUUGCCUCUCAAUGAGGAGUGCGGUGUCAUUGAGUGGGUGCCGAAUCUGGUGGGCUUGAGACCUGUGCUGAUGAAUAUUUAUAAACAAAAAGGUAUCCAUACAACUAAUCGGGAACUGAAAGACAUGAUGUGCUCGAGUAGGGAUCCGGUGGAGAAGAAGCGUCGAAUUUACGAGGAGCAACUCUUGGUCCGGCACCCUCCCGUCUUCCAAGAGUGGUUCCGCAGAGUGUUCUCUGAUCCUUAUGGAUGGUAUCAAGCAAGAUCUGCAUAUAUCAGGACAACGGCUGUAAUGUCCAUGGUUGGAUACAUAUUGGGUCUAGGAGACAGGCACGGUGAAAACAUAUCAUUCGAUUCAACGAACGGCGACACGGUCCACGUGGACUUUAACUGCCUCUUCAACAGGGGCGAGUCGUUCGAGUGGCCGGAGCGAGUGCCCUUCAGACUCACGCACAACAUGGAGGCAGCCAUGGGCCCGCUCAAACAUGAGGGCAUGUACAGGAAAAGCUGUGAAGCCGUGAUGCAUGCGUUGCGCGCUCAGACCGCAGCCCUAAUGUCGGUGAUCGGACCGUUCGUGUACGACCCGCUGGUGUCGUGGGGCCGCGCGCGCUCCGUCGCGCUCGACUGCGGCGAGCGCACCAACGAGCAGGCGCUGCAGCAUCUGUCGCACAUACGACAACGUCUCAACGGCAUGGUGAGAUAUCGUUCGUGUACGACCCGCUGGUGUCGUGGGGCCGCGCGCGCUCCGUCGCGCUCGACUGCGGCGAGCGCACCAACGAGCAGACGCUGCAGCAUCUGUCGCACAUACGACAACGUCUCAACGGCAUGGUGAGAUAUCGUUCGUGUACGACCCGCUGGUGUCGUGGGGCCGCGCGCGCUCCGUCGCGCUCGACUGCGGCGAGCGCACCAACGAGCAGGCGCUGCAGCAUCUGUCGCACAUACGACAACGUCUCAACGGCAUGGUGAGAUAUCGUUCGUGUACGACCCGCUGGUGUCGUGGGGCCGCGCGCGCUCCGUCGCGCUCGACUGCGGCGAGCGCACCAACGAGCAGACGCUGCAGCAUCUGUCGCACAUACGACAACGUCUCAACGGCAUGGUGAGAUAUCGUUCGUGUACGACCCGCUGGUGUCGUGGGGCCGCGCGCGCUCCGUCGCGCUCGACUGCGGCGAGCGCACCAACGAGCAGGCGCUGCAGCAUCUGUCGCACAUACGACAACGUCUCAACGGCAUGGUGAGAUAUCGUUCGUGUACGACCCGCUGGUGUCGUGGGGCCGCGCGCGCUCCGUCGCGCUCGACUGCGGCGAGCGCACCAACGAGCAGACGCUGCAGCAUCUGUCGCACAUACGACAACGUCUCAACGGCAUGGUGAGAUAUCGUUCGUGUACGACCCGCUGGUGUCGUGGGGCCGCGCGCGCUCCGUCGCGCUCGACUGCGGCGAGCGCACCAACGAGCAGGCGCUGCAGCAUCUGUCGCACAUACGACAACGUCUCAACGGCAUGGUGAGAUAUCGUUCGUGUACGACCCGCUGGUGUCGUGGGGCCGCGCGCGCUCCGUCGCGCUCGACUGCGGCGAGCGCACCAACGAGCAGGCGCUGCAGCAUCUGUCGCACAUACGACAACGUCUCAACGGCAUGGUGAGAUAUCGUUCGUGUACGACCCGCUGGUGUCGUGGGGCCGCGCGCGCUCCGUCGCGCUCGACUGCGGCGAGCGCACCAACGAGCAGGCGCUGCAGCAUCUGUCGCACAUACGACAACGUCUCAACGGCAUGGUGAGAUAUCGUUCGUGUACGACCCGCUGGUGUCGUGGGGCCGCGCGCGCUCCGUCGCGCUCGACUGCGGCGAGCGCACCAACGAGCAGGCGCUGCAGCAUCUGUCGCACAUACGACAACGUCUCAACGGCAUGGUAAAAACCAAGAACAAACAACUAUCUCUAUCGCUGUCACCGGAGGGGCAGGUGGAACAUCUCAUCGUCGAAGCAACAAGCAUACACAAUCUUUGCCAAAUGUAUAUGGGCUGGGGACCGUUUCUGUGAUACUGCUCGUAAUUGUUAACUAAGUACUAUUUACAAUUACAAUAAGUGGAAAUAAUUAUAAGAAAAAGUGCCUUUCAUUAAUAAAUAAAACACACAAA